CAUGUUUUAACUUGUGGAGCUCUCCUCUACACUUACUUGGGAGUUAUAGUAAGCGUGGCACACAGUAAAUAUUUUGGCGAAUGAAACGUUGAAAUUUAGAUUGAAUCAGGAUCAAAUAUUUUGAAUAGUAAUACUCAAAAUGUUUUCUUUUUCUAAAACUAACGGAAAACAACCAUCAGAAAUAGGAUGGGCGAAAACAGAUUUUCGAAUUCGAAAUUUGUAUGCCGGAUUGGAAAAAUUAUCGAAUUUGAAGGAUGAUGAAGAUGAUAAAGAACAGUCUGAAAAGCUAGCUAAAAUUGAAAAGAAAUUCCAAACGUUUUUUAAGGUGAAAAACUCAGAAAAAUAUGAGCGCCUAUUUCACAAUGAUAUUUUGCAAGGAACAAUAACAGACGAACACAUAAGAGAUGAUCCAUUACAAACAGAAAUGGAGGACAAUGAAAUAAAUGGGGAAUCGUUGUUGUUGCGCGCAAUGUCCAUAUCGGUUGAAAAAGAAAGCAAGCAGGAAGAAACACUUACGAAAAUAAAAAAAAAUGUUGAUAGAGUCGUGUCCUGAGAUGAUAUUUUUUUCAAAGAAAAAUGACAAAUGCAAAGGAAUAACACCGCUUCAUGUUGCAAUAUUGAAAGAGGAUACAAAUUUACUUGAAUACAUGGCAACUGUUGCUAGCGACAAAAAGAUAAAACCUGAAACCAUCAAGAAUAUCUGCGCUGGUGGUUUUGAGUUCCAAAACACUGUUAUGAUGGCUGGAACACCAUUGGGGGUUGCCGCGCUCAAGUUCAACAGAAAGCUUUUUGACAUAAUACUGGAACAAUUUAAAUCAGAGCUUGAUGUUAUAAACCACAAAGGAGAUAACAUUGUACACUCUUUGAUCAAGUAUGCCCAUGUUCAACCAGGCAAAAUGGAUGAUGUACUAAAAAUGUUACAUUACGUAUUAGACUGUGAAUUCUAUUCACCAGAUUUGCCCUAUAGUGAAAAGAAGAAAUGGAAGAGAAAAGUUCGUAAACUCCUGAUGAUGAAGAACAAAGAAAAAAUUAACCCGCUACAGUUAGCUGCUAAAAGGCAACAGUAUGCAAUAUUUGAGCUUAUCAUGCAUCAUGAGGUACAUUGUACCAGAGAAUCAAGUGACGGGAUUUUCAAUGAAGAAGUGUUCGAUAUCACUGAGAUCGAAACACUUGCAAUUCAAAACGAGGUGAAAGGAGACGAAUACGAGAUUAUCAAAAAGGAAUAUCACGAAUCCAUACUGGAGUACCUCAUUCAUCAGCAAACAACAAACGCGUUCCUGUUUGCUGAUUUCAUGCCUGUCAGGGAGGUGGUCAAAGAAAAAUGGAAAUACUAUAGUUCCAAAUUCCUGUUUUGGUUUUUAUUUCAUAUUUUCUCUAUGAUCUUCCUUUCAGUGGCAGCCUUGUACAGGUCAAAACUUGUGCAAUCAGAAAAUGGGGAUAUUACUUAUAAAUAUCCGGUUACUAGGAAUGCUUUUGUAACAAGUGCAUCAGUAUUUGGCUGUAUAGUGGGAUUGGUUUAUAUAAUAUUAGAAAUCAUAAGGCUUAAACUACGUCGUUUUCAAUAUAAGACAGCUUCCUCCAGGUUUAAAAGCGUUCGGCGUCACUUUAGUACACCUUACUCAAACCUUAUAUUUAGAGUAUACUUUGUAUUGUUUUCUCUGUUGCUUAUGGCUGAUUUUAUCGUUGCUUCAGUUGCAGGACAACAUUCAUCCUUGGAUUAUCAAAAUUACUGUCUUCUGUUUGCAGUAAUUUUAGGCUGGUAUCUCUUUAUGUUUUUCCUGCAAACAUUUAAAACGUUAAGUUUCUUUACAGUUUUAAUACAAAGAGUUAUAUUAGACAUGUUUAAAUUUGCAUUCGUCAUGGGAAUAUUUCUAGUAGCUUUUUCCAUUGCAAUGUACAUGGCAAUGCAAGGCGCAAAUACCGACAAUGAUGAGUUUGAACACUUUGGAAAAACAAUGGUGAAAAUGCUUACUAUAAUGCUUGGUAUUGGAGAAAUAGAAAUCCUAUUCCAGGCUCGACAGCCAAUUCUAGCAGUUAUGAUAUUUGUGAUCUUUGUGUUGUUAACAACAAUACUGUUGCUCAAUGCACUUAUCGCAAUGAUGUCAAACUCAUGCACAGAUUUGUUGAGCCAUCAUAGAGGCAUGACUGCUACAAAGAUGCAUUAUCGUCUACAAAAGCUAUCUGUUAUUCUGUUUCUAGAAAGCUUCCUCCUUCGUUGUGCGUGUAAGGAAGUUGGUUUUGUAAAAAGAAAGAACAGAUAUGAAAAUAAUGAAUGGGUUUCAAACACUCAGAGACGACUAUGGACUCUGAGUUCUGUUCAUGAUCAUACAGAAGAGGCAGAAAGCUACGAUCCUUCUGACCAAGGUAUAAUAUCCACACUAAUGUCGCAUUUGCAGCCACGUAAGAAAUCGAAAAAAAAAAGCAAAACUAUUAAAGUACGCCCAACUGUAAGCAGCACGACUACCUCAGAAAUGCAAAAUCAAAAACCUGUUCGAAGACUUUUACAUAUUCGAGACAUUGGUCAUAAACCUUGUGACACGUGUAAAAAUGAUAGCUUGGUCUACACCGAGACACAGGAAAUUGCUGAAGUUAUAGAAGUAACAAAUGUAGAAAAAGAUAGCACUCAAUUUGUAACCACGUAUUAAACAUGUAUAAGAUAUUUGUGACUUAUAAACACAAUGUUUCAAUAGUGUCUGACAGCAUAAACAAGUGACGGUUGCUUAAGAUAAGAUGAAUUAGAACAAAAACGUUACUCUGGAAAGUGAGCUAACUGACUUAAUGCAAUUAACAGCUUAGUACAGAUAAUAUGUUAUCAUUUGUUCAAAAAAAUAUCAUUCGGAUGUAUAUAUGCAUGACGAGAACUGUGUACAGUUUAAAUCAAUAUAAGUGCUCUUCGUCUUCUUCUUUAUGUUCAUGUGCUGAUUUUCGUGUUGUCUUAGCGGUCUAUUGUUUUGCAUGAACAAUUGCUUAUACUUUAUUUUCUUAUGCUGAUUUACGUGUUGUCUUAGCAGAUCUAGUAUCUUGUAUGCGAAAUUGCUUAUGCUUUACUUUCAUGUGCUGAUUUUCGUGUGGAAUAGCAGAGCUAUUGUUUGCAUGAACAGUUGCUUAUGCUUUAUAUUCAUAUGCUGAUUUACGUGUUGUCGUAGCAGAUCUAGUAUCUUGUAUGCAAAAUUCCUUAUUUUUUCAUGUAUUGGUUUACGUGUUGUCUUAGCAGAUCUAGUAUCUUGCAUGCAAAAUAGCGUAUGUUUUAUUUUCAUGUGCUGAUUUUCGUGUUGUUUUAGCAGAUCUAUUGUUUUGCGUGAAUAAUUGCUUAUGCUUUAUUUUCAUGUGCAGAUUUAAGUGUAGUCGUAACAGAUCUAGUGUCUUGUAUGCGAAAUUGCUUAUGCUUCACUUUUCGUGUCCUGAUUCUUGUUACUUCGUUGUUUUUUCUGAUGUUGGUCAAUAGCUACACCUAACUAAUGAUGAUUGUAUAUAUGACACAUAUUUUAAAUAAAAUUUGUAUUUGUGUUUAUGGUGCCGUUUAGUUCAUCAGAUAAAUUUGUUUUUCAAGGUU